AUGAUGAAAAGGCCAACUGAUUCGCAGAAUGAAAUUAUCCAAUUCCCUUAUAUACCUGCUAGCACUCUGAAAGUUAUUGCAGGACCCGGUUCAGGUAAGACAUAUACAUUGCUAUGCAAAGUUCGAGAGUUGAUCCAAACGGGGCAGGUGAAACCCCGUGAAAUUAUUAUUCUAUCUUUGACUAAUAAAGCAGUUGAUAAUAUUACAGAUAAUCUUCUAGGCGUCUUUCAGGAAUUAAGCGAUAAACCGUACACUGACCAUGAAGUUGAUGACAUUGUUUCCCAAAUUGGUAUUUACACGAUCCAUGGCCUCUCGAACAGGAUAGUUACUGAAAAUAUGGGUAUUGUGAACAUAAUCGAGGAAAACGGUUGGAGAGGUCUAGUCAAGCUCAUUCCAAAAGAUUUUUGGAAUAAGAGAAAUGUUAAUACUGCUAAUGACCGGAUCAUUACGAAGAAGCUUCAGAAACUUAUAAAUGAAUACCAAAUUGACACAGAUAAUAUUGAUGAGACCAUUGAAAAAGUAACAAAGUUAAUGAAGCAUUCAAAUGUUUUGACUAACGAUGAUUUAAUCAAAAUGGCUGUGGAAUUCUUAAAAGAGCCGAAUUCAGAAGAGGAUACUGCAUUCACCAAAUUUGUACUAAAUGAAGCCAAAGUUUUAAUUAUUGACGAAUUCCAAGACUUAUAUCCAGGUAUAUUUAAACUAUUAAAGACAUUACUUGGUCAAAAACACUUUUUAAUAUUUGGAGAUAUCAAUCAAAGCAUUUAUGAGUUUUUGGGAAGUAACAAAGAAGUCAUGUCUGAAUUGGACAGGUUAAGACCUGAUGAUAAAAAAUUCACUAAGUACAUCCAUGACAAUUUCCGUAGUACACCAGAAAUAACUGCUGCAGCCAAUGCUGUUAUAAACCAAACCGUUCCUGUUCAGAUUAAAAGAGAAAAUAUAGUAGAAAAACAUCCUUCCGGAGUUUACCCCAUCAAAUACAAUUGCGAAGAAUUAAUAGAUGAAUUGGACUUCAUUGUGAGUGAAAUAUGUCAGCUAGUUUGUUCUUCUGCAAAACUAUCUGACAUUGGCAUUUUAGCAAGGACCAAUUCUCAUUCAAAGGCGAUUGCUGACCACCUUUCAACAUUCGGAAUUCCCGUUUCAAAAUUAACAACGCAGCCAGAUUGGAUGUCAGAUCAGCGGAUAAGAUUCAUGAUUGAUUUACUUCAAGUCGCUGUUUCGGUCAUAGAAGAAGCUACACUGCCUAAAGACGCGUCUUUCACCAUGAAAACUAAAAGUAAUUUCAGUGUUAUUGUUACUUUAGCAGCUUUAAAAGGAUUUGGUAGUAACACCCUUCAGAAAUUACAUGAAAAUGCCACAGCCACAGGUGCAUCAAUCUGGCAUUUUCUAACAAAUACACCUGUUUCAAAGUGGGGGUUUACUCCGGCAGUUACAAAAAAACUCGAAAACUACUUGCUAGCAGUAUCAACAUUAAUCAACGAUCCUCCUAUUUUGGAAGUUGAACAGCCGCACAUCUUAAUAGAUAACUGCUCAUCUGUGAUUUCAAAGUUAGAUCUACCGUUAUUCAUGUGUGACAGUAACUCUGAAUCAGGAAGUUUCCAAGUAAACUUGAAAGAAUUCUAUUCUGCUAUAAAAUUGUCGCUAUUAUCUAAACCGCAAGAUCUUCCUACCGCGACUUGGUUUUUAGAAACUUUUCACGAUCAAAGCAUUAUAUACCAUAACAAUCAGAAAAGUAUUACACAGGAACAGAAUACUUUAGGCAGCGUUAACGUAUCCACGAUUCACUGUGCAAAGGGACUAGAAUUUCCGAUAGUUUUCCUAAUGGGCCGCACAGAUUAUGGAAAUUUCCCAAUUGAAACUAACGCAUUAUAUGUGGCCGUUACUAGAGCUCGAAACCUACUAUAUUUAAUGAACGUGCAACAUCGUUCAUUGUCAGCAUUUCCUGACCGACAGUCAUCAUUACUGCAAAAUCAAGCGUUUUGGAAAUAUUACAAUAGUGAUUUGAAGAGGCCGUUCCAUGCGUCAAAUGUUAAUAAUGCUAUGAAGUUCAAAAAGUUGCAGACAAAAUUCGGUUUGAUGAAUAGAUACUUUCAUAGCCUUUCGCAGAGCUUGAAGAUACUACGUAGAUAA